AUGCCUUUUGAGUUGAAGACACUUGAUGAUGUUGUAAAAGUCUCAUUUGAAGAGAGUUUGUCAGACAUAGUGAGUGGUUUUGGCCGGUAUCAAGUGUGGCAAUGUCUUCUUGCCUUAGUGCCUGUAGUAUUUACUGCUACAAGUAACACCAAUUUCGUGUUCGCUGCUGCGUCGGUCAACUACAGAUGUGCAGUGCCGCAGUGUGAGGAGACCAAUGCCUCUUCAGCUUUGCCUAAAUGGUGGCCGGCUAAUAUAACGGACUAUCGCUGCAACAGACCGAUCUAUUAUCACAAUUAUAGUUGUAACUCCGAUGACUUCGAUCACUCCGAAAGCUGUAACGACUGGGUGUAUGAUACUCAAAAUUCCAUCGUUGCUGAGUUCGACCUCGCAUGUCAGGAAUGGAAGCGAACGUUAAUCGGAACUAUACACAAUUUGGGUGUACUAAUGGCCAUGCCUCUGAUGGGCUUUGUCUCAGACAGAUGGGGACGUCGGACAGCGAUCAUAAUAAGCUCUAUCAGUUUAAUUAUUGGUGCCUUUAAGACUCUAGUAGGAACAGGCGCUACGGGAUACUUGCUUUACGCCACGAUUGAGUUUAUCGAAGCGCUUCUAGUCACCGGCACUUACACUACAUGUUUUGUGCUUAUUGUUGAAUUAAUUGGAAGUGACAAAAGAAUUAUAGGUGCAGCGGCAGUAGGUAUAUCGGUCGCUGUCGGAGAACUAAUAUUAGAUUUCAUAGUAUGGAAUAUACCUUACUGGCGGCACUUUCUGCUCGUCAUCUACUGCCCAGCUCCAUUCUUUCUUAUUUACAUGUUUAUGCUAGAAGAAAGUAUUCGAUGGCUUCUUACUAAUGGCAAAGAUGAAAAGGCUCUUCUUUUACUCCAAAAGAUAGCGAGCUGGAACCAAUUUGCCAUUUCUGAUAAAACUAUAGACGAAGUUAAGAAAGAAUCAAAUGAGAUAAAGGUUCAGAAAAAAGAAGAGUUUACCUUAAAACUAUUGUUCUCCUCUCCUACAUUAUUGAAAAGGGUUACAGUGUGUUCUUGGUGGUGGUUUACUGCAGCAUUUGUUUACUACGGACUGAUGAUAAACUCCGUGACCCUACCAGGAAACAAAUAUACCAACUUCGCUCUAUCGUCCUUCGCCACCAUUCCUGGAGAUAUUAUUGCUGUGAUCAUGCUUGAUAGAAUUGGUAGAAAAAAGACUUUACUAGGUGGAUUCCUUUUUUGUGGCAUUUGCUGUGUUGCAACUGGUUUUAUACCUCAAGAUUAUAAAUUUGCGUCGUUAGCUGUAUUCUUGAUAGGCAAGAUGUCCAUAUCGGCAUGUUUUAACGCGGUGUACGUGUACACAUCCGAGCUGGUGCCUACCUCAGCGCGAGGCUCGUUAGUGGGCACAUGCUCGAUGGUUGCUCGAGUAGGAACAGUAUUGGCACCACUCACUCCACUUUUGAGUGAUUGGUGGCACUCGUUACCGACUGCCCUGUUCGGCUGUGCCUCUCUCUCCGCUGCCGUGCUGACGCUGGCCACACCGGAAACCCUCCGCCGCCCUCUCCCGGACACGGUCGCUGAAGCCACGGCUAUGUCU